GCAGCCAAUGACCAGGGGGAGGUCGCUUGUCCCGCCCUUCCACUGACCAUAGGAACCAAUCCUAUUGCUAGAGAGGAAAGAAGCUCCCAGCCGCGCUAGAGGCACUGGAGUGUUGUUGUGGGGAGUGGUUUGCAGUACAGUAAAGUAAAACUCUGCUGAGGGGAGAUUCCGACGGUGGCGAAAGUCUCAGUGGUUGAGCGGCGGCCCAAGGGGGCGAACGAGACCGGUGGGACUCGCUGGAGACUGUUUAUAGCCAUGUCAGGAGGCGGAGACCUGAGGGUUCCUUGGAUGAUGGUACACUAAGAAGCUUCCCUUGAGCCCAGGCCCUCAUGGCAUCCCAAGACAAAGAUGUGAGGCCCUCACUGCCCUCUCCUUGGGCCUCCCAGAUGGGGCCCUGGGAGGCCAUUCUUGAGGCUGCCAGGGAGCAGGUUCCAUCUCUGGACUCAGAUUCCUCUUUGUCAGACUGUGGAGAGGAGGAGCUGUUCAUCUUCCAGCGAAAUCAAACCACCCUGAUUCCAGACUUGUCGGAGGAGCUGGCUGAAGAACCUGACAGGGCCUGGGUACCUCCGGCUGACAGAGCUCCUCCUGAGCUAUGUGGGGUGCCUAUGGAAUUCUCACCAGAGCCCUGGGGUGAAUGCAAUGCAAGGACAACAGAAGGAAGGGACCCUGGCCAGCCUGUGGAGAGCAGUGGUGAGAGCAGCUCUCUUCUUAGGAUGCCUGAGGAGACCCCCACGUGGCGGGAAGGUGACCUUGGGGGCAUGUCCUUCAACAACAAAGGAUCCCCGAGUCCUUCCUGGGGGCCACAGGGAGAAGCCACCCCCUAUUUCCCAGAAGGAGAACUGAAGAUGGACCCAAAUGCUGCCUCCUGGGUUCAGGAGGGUUCAGACUGUGGAAACCGGAGAGCCCUCCGAAGGGAGAGAAGGAGGAUGAUCGAGAGAGACCUACUUCAUAAAGUCACCUGGGGUGCCCGGGGCCCUGCCUGCAGUGACCACAGUCAAGUGAAGGUGACUCCCUGUGAAGCUGCAGUGGCAGGUCCAAGACCAGAAAUGCCACCACAGGGCCCCCAAGAAGGCCUGCCAGUGCUUUCCCUUCAGCAAAUUGAAGAGCUGGAUUUGGAUCACAUCCUUCAGAGUCUGGCUGGACGAGAAGAUGACCAGGGAGAUCUCACAUCUGGAACCGUGUGGUGGGCAGCUGGUUGCCUCCAGGGCCGAGAUCAUGCUGAGCCCAGCGCCCAGGACAGGCUCAUGGAACAGCUCACACUCCUGUGUGCCACAAAGUCCAGAGCCUGGAAGGUGCCUGCUGACAUGCUCAAGGACACCGAGCAGCUGGAGGCCAGAAGCAGAUGUGCUUUGACCCAGCCGGGCUUCCAGGCGGGGCUGAGUCAGCGACGUAGGCUAAGGAGCCCAGCAGAGCCUCCCACCGUCUUCAUUGACCUGAGGCCCACUGAGCCAUCAGACCAGGGGCUGUUGGAAAGUCCCAGCCCCAGCUCCAGCUCCAGCUCCAGCUCCUCUGACAGCGAGGAGGCAGGGGAAGAGGAGACCGUUGCUGGGAGAGACCGGCAGGGCCCAGCAGGGCUACGGGACUGCACUGGGAAGAGUCAGCUUCUCCAGCAGCUCAGGGCUUUUCGGAAGGGGAUGGCUCAGCCCCAGUUGCCUGCCAGCAAGUGUCCUAGCAGCCAGAAGGCGCAGGCCCCUAAAGAUACAGCUGGAUCUGGGACUGGGAAAAAGCCACAUGUAACACUUUGAGCUUUGAGGCAGAAUGUCCGGCCAGACCUUCAGGAGGAAGUCCCAGGGCCUUGGGGGACCCCCUUGGGUUAGGGACAGCCAGCGAGGUCCUGGUGUCUCCUCUGGGCCAACUGUAGAUGACCCUGGGACUGGGUCUUAAGAGAUUAGUGAGAUGGUUUGACUGUCAACAUGCCCAGGCCUGAUGGUCCCGUGUCCCCCCUGUUUCCAUUAGCAGGUGCUUUUGGUCUGUCACCUAGCCCUCUGUUAGAAUUUGGUCAGAACACUUUCAUGCAUUUAGAGCAAAAAGAUACCAGCACAAAAUUGUACAUGUGGCAUGAUGACAACUCAGGUGACCCCAGCCCUCUGAAAGUGCCUCGAAAGAAAGCCCAUGGAGACAAUGCUCUUGUUCUAUCAUGGAACUGUGAGCCUAUUAACCUUUGACCAUUUUUUGCAUUUUCCCUUUAAUGUGCAUCUGUUAUUGCCAUCAUACAAGGUCUUUUUAAAAACUAUAAAAUUUAAGUAAAACAUUUGGAGAAUUUCAA